CAUGGACAGACUGAGAGUACAAGAUCUCAACAUUAUAGUUAUAGGUGAAUCUAUUUAUGCUCACUCCACAAAAAUUAAUGUAAAAGAAAUAGAAAUCCACAUACUUACGAGUCAUGAAUCCGCAUUGUCGACAGCUAUGCCAAUGUCAGAGCUGGCCGAGUUUUUGAAGUCGGGAAAUAUCAAACUAACUGAUUUUGAUGCUUUGAUAUGUAGUAGUGGUAGUGAAGUGUAUUACACAGAGGAGGGAGGAGAGCCAUGUUCUGAUCCUGAUCAUGCGAGGGUUCAGAUGGUUUGAAGAAGACCAUUUGGAAGCUAAUGAACACAACAGAAGGAUUUAAAUCAAGUCAGCCUUCUGGUGUUGUUGAGCAUGAUUUGAAAUCGAGCAAUUCCCAUUGCCUGUCAUACGUUAUAAAGGAUCUCAGUAAGGCCAGAAAAGCCGACGAUUUGAGGCAAAAGCUUCGGAUGAGGGUUCUGCGUUGCAACUUGAUGUAUUGCAGAAAUUCCACAAGAAUGCAAGUCGUUCCUCUGCUUGCAUCAGGAUCACAGGCUCUCAGGGACACGGAUCAUGAGGAAAUGAUAUCGGGAACACACAAGACUCUGAUCAUGAAAGACGUUGUGGGAAAAGGAUCGGAGGAGCUGCCGGGAAGCUACCUAAGAGACGAUAUAGUCCCAGAAGACAACCCGCUGAUCGCGUAUAUAAAAGGAGCGGCUGCAGCACGGGAGAUAUUUGAUACAUUAAGGCAGCUCUUCAAAACAGCAGUGUGAGAAACACUUACAUCUAUCUCUGUAUUUUGCUUGCCAUAUUUGUAUUUUAGUAGAUUUAGUUACUUAGGUUAAGACACUGCCAUGCCCAUGGACAGGCUGUAUUAUUAUUAACUUACAAAAAUUAUAUAAAUAAUCUUAACCAAUUUAUUGACCCUGUCAUGAA